AUGACAGAAGUGAAGACAGCCGGGGUCAUUUUCCUUUGUGUUUCACUGCUUCAUGGUUUUGUUGCAACAUUGAACUGCACCAGCCCAACACCUAAGGCCUUGUUUGAUGCACUUGAGGCUGAAUUAUUUCCAAGAAAACUAUUUCGACCUGUAAAUAACUUUACAGAUGUGCUGGAAGUAUCCAUCGAACUGACUUUGGUGGGGAUUUUAGGAGUGAAUGAAAAAGAGCAGUCCUUAACAAUAUUCAUAUGGCAAAUCCUGGAGUGGCAUAUAGCGGGACUGAGCUGGGAUGAGAGGGAAUGUGGAACUGAAAAAGUCUCUGUCGUUCGAGAGCAGCUUUGGGUCCCAGACAUCCUCAUCAAAGAGUUCAUGGACGAGGACAAAUCUCCCAAAACCCCAUAUGUCUACUUAUACAACACAGGUCAUGUUUAUGAUGAUAGGCCGGUCAGAGUGAUCGCCACCUGCAAAUUAGUAAUCUACACUUUCCCCUUUGAUAUCCAAAACUGCUCGCUGACCUUUGAAUCAUUACUGCAUGUAGUUGAAGACAUAAGGAUUAUUAAAACAGGCACAUCUGCAGAGAUAUUGGAGGAGUCCAGACAUGUGAUGCAGACCAGAGGAGAGUGGGAGCUUGUGGAUAUCAAAUCAUCUGAAUCUUACAUUGAAACAGGUCAUGGGAACCACUCUGAGAUCAAAUACUAUAUCAUUUUGAGACGUAGGCCAAUCCUCUAUGUGGUAAACCUCCUGUUGCCCAGCUGCUUCCUCAUCACAUUGGACCUCUUCAGUUUCCUGCUGCCUCCUCAUAGUGUGGACCGGUCCUCUUUUAAGAUGACCCUCAUCCUGGGCUACACCGUUUUCCUGCUCAUCAUGAACGACCUGCUGCCUGUCACUGGAAAUACAACACCUCUAAUAAAUGUUUUAUUCUCAGUCAGUCUGGCUCUGAUGGUGGCCAGCCUGUUGGAGACAGUGUUUAUCACCAACAUCCAGUUCAGUGCCAGCAAGUACAGAGAGGUGCCUCACUGGCUCAGUGUCCUUGUGCUACGAUAUCUAGCUGUCAUUGUUUUUCUCCCUCCAAAAAAGAAGAGCAACUGCGUCACAGUGUUCCUUCACCCACCUGCUACAGCAAUUAAUCCUAGCACCAUCUCUUCAAGAGAUCUUCAGAGCAUCUCUGGUGAUACACCUCAUGAGAAACCCCCUCUGGAUCCAGCCCUGGAUGAACUGAGGAAGCUGAGCAGAGAUCUCAUGGCCAUCCGCAUCCAGAUAGGCAAACAUGCUCAGGACAGCAAUACCUCAGAGGAAUGGCAAAUGAUUGCAUUAGUCAUUGACCGUCUGCUUUUUGGCCUGUACAUUGGCUUCAUCUCUUCCCUCUUUAUCGCCAUCAUAGCCAUCUGGGUCUGGAGUAAUAUACACAUAGGUUAA